AUGGCACAUAACUUUGGAGAGGUGUUUACACCUCCAGACACUGGUUCCCACCUCAUUGUCAUAUUCAAGUCCUCCUCGCCGGUCAAGCUCAGCAACACGGGACUAACGCCAGUGAGCGCGGAUAUUGCUCCACUACGGGCCUUGCUCGAACGGAACCAUGCAUCAAUGAAAUUGCUCUUUGGCCAGGACGAGGACCGUCUUCGCACACAACAAGAGGAAACCCUUAAACUGUCCCGCUCCAAUGAUGUUCCCACUGUGGAAGACAAUGGAACCUCAGACGCGCAGCCGACGGAUCUGACACAUCUACCUGACAUGGCCAGUUUUUAUUACGUCGAUGGCGCUGCGGAUAGUCUGGAUGAUCUUGCCAGUGAGAUAAAUCAACAGGAUAUGGUCGAAGCGGCAUAUGUAGUCCCAUCCGCCUCUCCUCCACAGUAUAUCCGUAUUGAAGCUUCACCACAAGAUGCACCUAGUCAAACCCCUAAUUACGUUCCACGACAGACGUAUCUGAAUAACGCACCGGCAGGCAUCGAUGUUGAUUACGCUCAUACGGUGCCUGGCGGCAAGGGCGAGAACAUGAGAGUUAUCGACUGUGAAUGGGGAUGGAGGUUUACCCAUGAAGAUUUAAAGGAACUCCAAGGCGGUGUUAUCGCCGGUACAAAUAGUACAGACACUUCAUUUGUCAAUCACGGCACGGCGGUGUCUGGAGUGAUCAGUGGAGACGUCAAUCACCGAGGAAUUGUGGGGAUUGCACCCAGUGCCAUGUUUAGCGCCUCAUCCUUUGUUGGACAGCCAACUUCAGCGGCCAUCUAUGCUGCCGCUGCUCGACUUCGAAAAGGCGAUGUCAUACUGCUCGAGAUCCAUGCACCAGGACCCAAUGCUCCAAAGCCUCUUCAGGGGCAGAAGGGUUUCAUUGCUAUUGAAUGGUGGCCAGAUGCAUUGGCUGCAAUUCGUUACGCAGUUGCGAAAGGAAUUGUGGUGGUUGAAGCUGCGGGCAAUGGGGCCGAGAAUCUCGAUUCCCCCAUCUAUAACACACCCCUAGCCGGCUUCCCCAGCUGGUGGCGAAAUCCUUUCAACACAAAGAAUUCCUCUGGCGCCAUUCUGGUGGGUGCUGGAAGCCCUCCACCGGGGACCCAUGGCCGCAAUCACGGUCCGGACCUUUCUCGGCUAGAAUUUUCUAACUGGGGCUCUCGGGUUGAUUGUCAAGGCUGGGGGCGUGAGGUCACAUCCACUGGAUACGGCGACUUGCAAGGUGGCAUCAGCCAGGACUUGUGGUAUACAGACCUCUUCAGCGGCACGUCCAGUGCUUCACCCAUCGUUACAGGUGCCGUGCUCUCUGUUCAAGGCGUGAGAAGGAAGCGGAAUAUGGGCUUCCUGACUACACGGCAAUUUCAAACUCUGUUACGCAGCACAGGCACGCAGCAGCAACCCAGACCCGGCGCACCGAUUACUCAAAGAAUUGGAAAUAGGCCAGAUCUAAAGCAGCUCAUUUCAGCAGCUCUAGUUAUGGUCUGA